AUGGGGCGGACGGCGCGCUCCCGGCCUCCGGCCACCGAGCCGCCUCUGGCGGUCACCGGCCUUCGCUCCACCAAAAUCUCCUUCCGCUCCCGUAAGAUCGUCAAGACACCAUCCGCGAAAACGAAACCUUGGGCCACGACCGCCCUGGCACCACCGGCUCCGGCGCCUCCAGUGCUGCCCGCGCUGUCCACCCCGGGAGAGCUCGCAGCGGCUCUGCGCCACCUCCAAACCGCGGACCCCCUCCUCGCCGCGGUCAUUGCCUCCACUGAGGCCCCCACCUUUGCCGCCACCCCCUCCCUCCCCGCGUUCCACUCCCUCGCGCGCUCCAUCCUCUACCAGCAGCUCGCGACCUCCGCUGCAGACGCCAUCUACGCUCGCUUCCUCGCGCUCCUCCCCUCUGCUUCGGCGGCGGUCACACCCGUAGCCGCUGACGCGGUCACACCUGCCGCCGUCCUUGCCCUCGCCGCCGCCGACCUGCGUACCAUCGGCGUCUCCAGCCGCAAGGCAUCCUACCUCCACGACCUCGCGGCCAGAUUCGCAGCCGGGGAGCUGUCCGACUCCGCCGUCGCCGCGAUGGAUGAGGCUGCGCUCCUCGCGGAGCUCACCAAGGUCAGAGGCGUCGGCGAGUGGACUGUCCACAUGUUCAUGAUCUUCUCGCUGCACCGCCCCGACGUGCUGCCGUGCGGCGACCUCGGCGUGCGCAAGGGCGUACAGGAGCUGUACAAGCUCAAGGCACUCCCCAAUCCGGAGGAGAUGGCAGCAUUGUGCGACCGGUGGAGGCCGUACCGGUCAGUCGGCGCGUGGUACAUGUGGCGCCUCAUGGAGAGCAAGGGCGCUGCAGCCAAGAAGAAGAAUAAGGGUAAUGCGAGUUCUUAG